CCUCUCAACAUUAAAGCUUGGGGCUACAAUUUGAAACUACAGGCCCUGCCAUUCUGCAGGGAGCUGUAUAUUGGAUCCUUUUCUCCCAGUUCUCUCUCUCUCCCCCAUCCUGUUGGGCCACCCUCAUGAAUCAGUUGAUAGAGACCAGAUUUAGUCGGCGGAAAAGAGGACCUCUGCAUCAAUACCCAGAUACAUUCAGAAUAUUUAACCUUGAAGUCCCAAAAAGAAAUAAUAUUCUAGACAAGAUUGAACGUACACCAAAGAAAGAAGAAAGAUACUUAUUGGAAUGGCGCAAUAAUCCUCAACCACAACAUGCAAAGCUACUUAAAAUGCAUACCAAGUUUAUAAAUGAGCCAGUAUUAUAUAUGGAAACAGAGGACACAAAAACAAAACAGUCUCAUUGGUGGCCGACCUUUGAGCCCACUGUACAACGUCCUAAACCACCUUAUGACACGCAGAGCACUCACCGGAAUGAUUUCCAGAAGCCAAACUGUAUUUUGUCUCGGCCUGUUAAACAUCCCUCUAAGUUACAGCCUUCAUAUGGAAUAGUUCCACUUGCAUCUCCUCAACUGCCGAGUCGCCUUCCGAGAAUUUUCCAAGAGCAGCUCACUUUCAAUUGUAGCUAUAAUGCCAGAGAAACUCCCUGCAUCCCCUUUCAAGGAAAGAAACAGGGCACAAUUGUUCUGACAGAGAAAAAACCAGACAGGAAGAUAAUGCCUUCUAUUCAGGGGCCAGACUUACUGGAGGACCUCAAAUCAGAAAAAGGAGCCCCCGUAGAAAAUGGUGUAACCUCAGUCCACGUUGAUUCAUUCGAUGCCCAGAAGUCAUCACCACAUUCUGAUGCACACUUAUCAAAACCAGCAAUGAAUUUGGAAACCAAGGCAGACCCCAGAACUCCAGAAAUGGACCAGGAGAGUUUGGAGCUUCCUCAAACUGACAAAGUGAAUGAUACUUUUAGCCCAUCGAAAACAAUUUCCCCUAGUAAACCAGAGAGCCUGUUACCUCCUCUUUCUGAAGCUGCACCAUCAAUACCUGACACUCAAGUAGUCUAGAAUUGUCUGGAUGACAACAGUCUGCCUGGUAUUAUUUCAAUAUCACUAAACACAGAUUGACAUCAGCAAACUGUUCAAAAGAAUAAUUGUAACGCAGUAUGUUUUUAUAACUAUAUAAACUAGAUGUCCAUAAAAUGC